UGGUGUUGAGCUGCUUGAUAAGAAGGUUGGGGUUGCAGUUCCAGACUCUGUGUGUUCUGAACGAGCAGUAGCAGUUGUCAAGAGUGGUCGGCCGUUUGAGCCUCAGCAGACGGCCACCAUCUUGUCACAUAUGGCAGGUCAUAUUCUAGGAAUUGAACAUGAUGAAGAUGGUGGGUGUGUCUGUGAUGAUGAGUUUGGUUGCAUCAUGUCAACAGAAGUCUUGGGUGCAGGUGGUUUCCAUUCUAGAAUGUUCUCCACAUGUAGCAAGGCAGAUCUGGAUGUCAGCCUAAACAUGGGAAUUACUUCUUGUCUCUGGGGUGCUCCACAAAUCCAG